AUGAAGGAAGCCACUGAAAAUGUCUCUCUGGACGGUGCCGGCUGGAGCCAGGUGGCACACGAGGGCUUGCCGGCCCAGGAUACUAUUUUUUGCUCUGAAGAAGAUAACAGUCUGUAUUUCACAUACAGCGGAAAAUCAAAUGUUCUCGAGGUCAAAGAACUCAACUACCAGGUUAACAUAGCAUCCCAGAUUCCCUGGUAUGAAAAUCUCGCGCACAUGAAAAUGCCCUGGACCUGGAAAUCGGAUCCCCGUUCUCACGUGUCAAUAAUCCAGAAUCUGAAUUUAAAAGUUCAGAGUGGUCAGAUGCUAGCUAUUAUAGGAAGCACUGCUGGUGGAAAGACAUCCUUGCUUGAUGUGAUAACCUGCCGGGAUCAUGGAGGCAAAAUCAAGUCCGGUCAAAUCAUGAUCAAUAACAAAUCCAGCACUCCCCAGCUUGUUAAGAAAUGCAUAGCACAUGUGCGGCAGGAUGACCGACUACUCCCCCACCUGACUGUCAGAGAAACACUAUUGUUCGUUGCCAAACUGCGCCUUCCAAAGUUUUUUUCAGACUCACAAAGGAAAAAAAGGGUAGAAGACGUUAUAGCAGAACUACGCCUGCGUCAGUGUGCAAACACCAGGGUAGGGAAUGAGUACCUCCGUGGUGUUUCGGGAGGCGAGAGGCGGAGAGUGAGCAUUGGUGUGCAGCUGCUCUGGAACCCGGGAAUACUCAUACUUGAUGAACCCACAUCUGGACUGGACAGUUUUACUGCACACAACCUUGUGAUAACAUUAUCCAGACUGGCCAGAGGAAACAGAUUAGUUCUUCUUUCACUUCAUCAGCCCCGGUCAGAUAUCUUCCAACUGUUUGAUUUAGUUCUUCUGAUGACUUCUGGAGUCACUGUCUAUUCUGGAACAGCUAGAGACAUGGUCCAGUAUUUCACAGAACUAGGCUAUCCCUGCCCAAGGUACAGCAAUCCUGCAGAUUUCUAUGUUGAUUUGACCAGUAUCGACAAACAGACCGCAGAAAAGGAGAUGGAAAGCCGAAAAAGAGCAAAUACUCUUGCCAAUUUGUUCCUAGAAAAAGUCAAAGAUUUUGAUGAUUUUUUAUGGAAAGAUACUGAAGGAGACAAUGUUGCAACCACAUUCAGCAAGCAAAGGUCCCAUUUAAAUUCAGAAGAGGCUAUCAACAUGCCACACCAUUCAAGUGAUCAGUUACCAGGAGUCUUAAAGCAGUUCAGUAUAUUAUUAAG